AUGUCGACAAGCACUCCUAAAGGAAAAUCCGCAACCCCAAGACGCGGCGGUACAAGCUCUAAAAAAGAAGCUGCUCAGCCAGUUGAAGAGACUAAAACUCCUUCAAAAUUCGAAGACGAAGCCUCCAGAGCUACAACCAGAUCAAGAUCUCGCACCCCUGCUAAAAGUCAAAAAUCAUCAGCUAAAAAAGCUACUCCAGCCAAGUCUCCAAAAUCCCCUGCAAAGACUCCGACUAAAUCUCCUAAAUCAGGAGAAAAAUCGCCUGCCAAAACUCCUGCAAAGUCACCAAAGUCAGCAGAAAAAACUCCUGCAAAAUCGCCAAAAGCAGCAGAAAAGACACCAGAAAGAUCAAGCGCAAGAAAAUUAACUCCAAAGCAAUCAACGAUGGCAGAAACAGCAGCUGCAGGAAAAGAGUUCUUGGAAGAUACUAAUAUCCCAUCUCAUUCUAAAACGACAAGAUCAUCUUCUUCAGCUAAAAAGUCAAGGAGAAAGACUCCAACUAAAGAAUAA